UUCUUCUCAAACCUCUCCACUCUGCAACGCCCUUCACCGAUCAAACUCUGACCUCCGAAAUGCAGAUCUCAUCUCUGCUCUCGAUCUUCAUCCUCUUCUCUUCCUCCUCGCUCGCCUACGCUUCAGGAGUUCACGAUUUCGCGCCAACUCCAGAGCCAUCUUCCCCUGCUGCCGCAUUUCCGCCAUCAGAGCGCGAGCCACUUCCAGACGACGGCUUCGGGUUUGCCUCUGGCGAUUACUCCCCGCCGGCACCACCACGGUCAUCCAAUCUCCCGUCGCCUUUGCCGGCUCCGGCGUUGGCACCAGCGGGGCAGAGCGGUCUGUCUCCGGCCUCGGCGGAGGGAGGAGCAAGAGGAAGUGCGGAUGAGGACUCCGGCGAGAGCAGCUCUCCGCCGGCAGCAGCGGCGGAGUCGGAGGAGACGGUGAGGUGGUGCACGGUGAGGGGGGAGAUGGAGGAUUGCCGGUUCCUCCUGAAUCUGUUGAGCCAAUCUAGUAAUUACACUUGGACAUGUGUCAUUAGAGACAGCACCGCUGAAUGCCUCGACUCCAUCAGAAAAGGCGAAGCAGACAUCAUAAACUUAGAAGCAGGCGCGGCGUUCGCCGCGUUCCUCAACUCUUCGAUGAAAGCCAUUGCAAAUGAAGUCUACUGCAACCGCGCCGAGUCCUACGAAGCCGUCGCCGUUGUCCCCCGAAAGUCCUGCGAGGCCAAACGAGGCCUUAGCCUAAUGGACUUCAAGGGCCACCGGUCUUGCCACGGAGAAUACUCCUCUGCCUCCGGGUGGACCUACCCCAUCGAUCACAUCAAGAAGUCGGUCGGUUCCACUUCCGAUAAGAUGGAUGAUGUCGACGUUGCUGCAAAUUUCUUCUCCAAGGUCUGCGCUCCAUCCAGUUCUGGCCUUGGCAGACGAGGGAUUUGCAGCGGAUGUGGUGACGAGAAUGAGAACGGCACUAGCUGCGACCGGGACAGCUUGUACUAUGGCGACACAGGCUCGUUCCGGUGCCUCAUGGAAGGUUUGGGUGAUGUUGCGUUUGUGAGAGGAGAUACUGCUCUGCUUUAUUCCAUGGAAGGGCCUUAUAACCAGUCAUGGUCCAAAAGAUCAGUAAGAGACUUCAUGUACUUGUGUCCGCAGGGAGGCUGCAGAGAAAUAAAUGGCUACCCCGGCGCUUGCUCAUUCGGAACUGUUCCAGCCAAUACAAUCAUGGCAAGUAAUUCGAUCCAAAACCACAAGAGAUUGCACGUCCUGGAAAGAUUGGCGAACUCGUCCUGGAUAGAAGCUGCCUAUGUGGAGAGAAUAAGCUCCAUCCACAUGGUCAGUCCAAGCACUCAGGAGUUCACACAGAUCAAAACGCUCACGCGGUCAUAUCUGGGGCGAUCAGCUUCCAUUUCUGAGAGCAUACAACAUUCGAAGACCCAGAAAACUGAGAGCUCUGCCUCUGGCACAAACUCAUUCCCAGAUCGGUAUUCCAUGCUGUGGGUGCUUCUGUCAGCUGCACUGGCGUGCUGCUUCUGCAGUGUAUGAUGGGGAGAAACCAGGCCUCUCUUCGGUUGAAGUGAUAUUGCAAUUCCAUCUUACUGGGUUUAGUAUCAAUAGAAUGGAAUGUCGUAUUCUAACUGAAAAGUAAGCUGUGCUGUAUCUUCUUGAGACAGUCUUCGUUUGACUAUUACAACAUGAAAGCGAGUGUAUCUGGGCAGAAAUCUUGAUUUGGAAAUUGAUAUUCCCAUUAUUUCCUUUCUUUA